AUGAAGAACCUGAACAUCUCUUUGUGCGUGCUUUUCCUAGCUCUUGUGCGUUUAGGGAGAACUGCACCCUCAAGCUUCAACUAUGGUGAUGCCCUUGACAAGAGUUUGAUGUUCUUUGAGGCACAAAGAUCUGGUAAGUUACUAGUGCAGCAGCGAGUCAAGUGGCGUGGUGAUUCUGGCCUCCAAGAUGGUUUUCAGCAAGGAGUAGACCUGGUGGGAGGGUACUAUGAUGCAGGAGACCAUGUGAAGUUUGGUUUGCCUAUGGCCUACAGUGUCACAAUGCUUGCAUGGGGAGCCAUUGAGUUCAACAAGGAAAUUACGAGCUUGAACCAAAUGGGACACGCAUUAUGGGCCAUUAAAUGGGGAACUGAUUACUUUGUCAAAGCACACACUCAACCCAAUGUUCUUUGGGGACAGGUGGGAGAUGGAGUUUCUGACCAUUACUGCUGGGAGCGUGCUGAAGACAUGACUACAUCAAGAGGUGCCUACAAAAUUGAUGAAGAACACCCUGGCUCUGAUCUGGCAGGUGAAACUGCAGCUGCACUGGCUGCUGCAGCUAUAGCUUUCAGUCCCUACAACUCUUCUUACUCUAGUCUCCUGCUUGCUCAUUCAAAACAGCUCUUCACAUUCGCAGAUAGGUUCAGAGGUCUCUAUGAUGUAUCUAUUUCAAGCGCUCAGCAAUUCUACACUUCUUCCGGUUACUCAGAUGAAUUGUUAUGGGCUGCCACUUGGCUAUACCAGGCAACUGGGGAUGAAUACUACCUAGAGUAUGUAGUGGACAAUGGUGUGUAUAUGGGUGGAACUGGCUGGGCAGUAAAAGAGUUCUCUUGGGACAACAAAUAUGCUGGUGUGCAGAUCCUCCUAUCAAAGAUAUUGCUAGAAGGAAAGGCUGGUCCUUACGCUGAUACCCUAAAGCAAUACCAGGCCAAGGCAGAUUAUUUUUCAUGUGCCUGCUUGCAAAAGAAUGAUGGUUACAAUGUCCAGAAAACACCAGGUGGCUUACUAUACGUGCAUGAAUGGAACAACAUGCAGUAUGCUUCUUCUGCUGCAUUCCUUUUAGCUGUUUACUCUAAUUACCUCUCAACAACAAAAGCACAGCUCAACUGUCCAGAUGGACAAACUCAGCCUCAGGAGCUUCUCAAUUUUGUUAAGUCUCAGGCUGAUUAUAUCCUCGGUAAUAACCCAGCGGGUAUGAGCUACUUGGUUGGAUAUGGAGCAAAAUAUCCUCUUCAUGUUCAUCACAGAGGCGCUUCCAUUGCUUCAAUCUUUGCUCUUCACUCUGAGGUUGGCUGCACUCAAGGAUUUGAGCUGUGGUAUAACCGCGCUGAGCCAAAUCCUAAUGUCAUCUGUGGUGGCCUCGUGGGUGGGCCCGAUGAAAAUGAUGGCUUCUCUGAUGACAGAUCCAAUUAUGAACAAACUGAGCCUACAGUUUCAGGUUCUGCUCCUCUUGUAGGCAUCUUUGCUAAACUGCAGAGUUUGUAUGGUAAUAUAGAAGGUUACAACCAUAAUCCAUCACCAGUGCCCCAGCAAAAAACACCAAGUGAGUAUCAUAGAACUUGUUGUUUUGUUCCGCAUACAGAUGUUACAACCAUAAUGAAUCACCAGUGCCCCAGCAAAAAAUACAAAGUUACAAUCAAAAUGAAUCACCAGUGCCCCAACAAAAAACACCAAGUCAGUAUUAUAGUCUUUAGAACUUCUUGGUUCAACGUCCGUUAUGUGAUUUUCAGGUUUACUCAGAAGCUAACAAUUAUAGCUUCUGCAUUUUGUAACAUAAUUGACAUUGUUUCUGACUUUGGUACAUAUUCAGGAAAAGAAACGGCAUCUAAAACAUCAGAAGAUGCCCCAGUUGAAUUCCUUCACUCAAUUACUAGUUCAUGGACUGUUGGAGGUGCAACUUACUACCGUCACAGGGUUAUAAUCAAGAACACUUCUUCGAAGCCAAUCUCAGAUCUUAAGUUGGUGGUUCAGGAUCUCUCAGGCACUUUAUGGGGUCUCUCUCCAACAGAAGAAAAGGACACCUAUGAACUUCCCCAAUGGCAUCAGGUCUUGAAUCCUGGCUCUGAGUAUAUAUUUGUAUACGUUCAAGGUGGACCCCAGGCUAAAGUCUCCAUUAAAACCUUCCAAUGA